AUGGCCCAAGAGUUCAAGCUCAAGGAUGUCACUUCCUUACAAAUGAAGAAUGGAGAGAAGAAAGAGGUUGAGGUUGAGGGUGUUGAGGGAGGAAAGGUCCUUCUUUUGAAGGUGCAGGAUCAAGUCCAUGCCACAAGUUCCAACUGUACACAUUACGGAGCUCCAUUAGUGAAGGGUGUAUUGACACCGGAGGGUCGGUUGACAUGCCCCUGGCAUGGAGCCUGCUUUAAAGUCUCCACCGGAGAUGUUGAAGAUGCACCCGCGCUCGACCCCAUUGCCAAGUACGAAGUAGUUGAAAAGGACGGCGCCGUAUACGUCAAGACGACCGAAGAGGCAUUGAAGAACAACAGGAAAUUUCUCAACAUCAAGUGCUCAUCAGUGAGCGAAGACAAAGUGCUGGUCAUCGGAGGUGGUUCGGGUACUCUUGGUGCCAUUGAAGGUCUCCGAGGCGGCGGCUACAAUGGCAAGAUUACCGUAAUCUCCAAGGAAGGCUACCAGCCCAUUGAUCGAACCAAGCUGUCGAAGGCACUACUGGCUGAUAUCUCAAAGGCGGCAUGGAGAUCGAAGGAGUUCUACAAGGAUGCAUCCAUAGACAUCAUUGAAGACGAAGCGAAGAGCGUAGACUUCUCGAACAAGAAGGUCUCAACAAAGUCUGGAAAGGACUACGAAUACUCGAAGCUGGUAUUGGCGACUGGCGGUACACCAAGGUGGCUGCCACUCGAUGGUUUGAAGGGUGACCUGGGCAAUGUCUUCCUUCUCCGCACUUUGCCUGACGCACAGAACAUCCUCAAGGCUGUUGGAGACAACGGAAAGAAGGUAGUUGUUAUUGGCAGCUCGUUCAUCGGCAUGGAGGUCGGCAACUGCCUCGCUGGCAUGAAGAACGAUGUUACCAUUAUUGGCAUGGAGGAGGAGCCAAUGGAGCGAGUAAUGGGCAAGAAGGUUGGUGCUAUCUUCCGCGGUCUGCUCGAGAAGAACGGAGUCAAGUUCAAGAUGGGUGCCAGCGUUGAGAAGGCCACCCCGUCCAAGAGCGACUCAUCCAAGGUUGGGGCCGUACAUCUUAAGGAUGGAACCACACUUGAGGCCGAUCUCGUCAUUGAGGGUGUCGGUGUUGCGCCUGCGACUGAGUACCUCAAGGACAACUCAAGUGUUACGCUCGAGAAGGACGGAUCAUUGAAGACGAACGAGUCUUUUGAAGUUAACGGUUUGAAGGAUGUCUACGCCAUUGGUGACAUCGCAACAUACCCUUACCACGGCCCAGGAGGCGAUGGAACUCCAGUCCGGAUAGAACACUGGAACGUUGCACAAAACGCUGGUCGCUCAGUGGCCAACACCAUCAACACUCCAGGAUCCAAAGCAAAACCCUUUAUCCCCGUCUUCUGGUCCGCAUUGGGUUCGCAGCUGCGAUACUGUGGUAACACAGUCAAUGGCUACGACGACGUGAUUCUGCAAGGCGAGCCGGAGAAGCCAUCGUUCGUCGCGUACUACACCAAGGGCGAGACGGUCAUUGCUGUCGCGAGUAUGAUGAAGGAUCCAUACAUGACUCAGGCAGCAGAGCUCAUGCGUCGCAACAAGAUGCCUAGUAAGAGUGAGCUACAGAAGGGUGUCGACAUCCUGGAGGUUAGUCUCCCGAACGAGAUCAAGAUUUGA